CCUCUCUCGACCUUCCUCCUCUCACGCGAAAAUGGCGGCUGUCGCUUCCGAAACUGAACAAAUGGUUGAUGAGACUAACGCAGAAAUUUCAGCGCCAGAGAAACCUACAGAUGAGAAACUUAUAGAAGAAGAACAAAAAGAUGGAGGUACGUUAUCUGGGGGAAAUAUUUUCCCCACAUGUAGACACAAUGUACAAAUUUUCGUAUUUGGCGCAAACUUUAAUUUGACCUAACACGUGGUUUAUGCCCCAGCAUUUCAGUAUGUGUGAUUUUGUGAAGUAUUUAAAUAAUCGGUUGGUUUCUGUUUUAAGGGAUCUAUUGAAUUCUCAAAGAUUUUAGAGGGACAUCUAAAUGCAUGUCAUAAACUCGCUUGGAACUUCUCAAAACCUGCCGAUCAUGAUUAAGCCUAAUUUUCGCUCUUGCUAAUAAUGAUUAUGUUCGCUGCUAAAAUGCUCAAUGCUCAGAUUUACCACGUAUUAAUAAUAUUCACCGCUUUGAAAAUGGAAAAUAGCUUGUUUUACCAUUUUAUUUGCUGAAUGCAUCAACUCAAACAUCUAACUGUUAUUAAUAUAUUAUAUUGACGAUGACAAUGACAUUUGACAUAACUAAAAUAAUGUUUGACGUUUAGUACUAAGUUAAAAGUUUUCAAGUGAUACGGUAUGCAAGAAUUCGAACUGUUUUCCAGCUUUCAAACUGGUUCAGCAAGUACAUGUAUUGCAGGUUAUGGAUUGUCCAGUAGGAACCAAAGAAUACCGUAUUUAUUUAGUUGUGCCCACCUUGAAUAAGUGCCCACAAUGUACUUUGUAGACAGGAAAAGUUGAUAAGUGUGCAUGGAGUAAGAGCCUGCCUUGUAGCCAGAAAAAGGUAAUAAGUGCCCACCUCAAAUAAGCACCUACCUUGUUGUAAAAAAAAAAAGCUUCUGUGGCUCAAUUGUAGAUUGAAAUGUACAUUAUGUAUGUAUGUAUGUGCAUUAUAUUUUGUGUCUUUCUAUAUGGUUGUAUAUGGCUUGUUUGGCAUAUUUUGGUCAAUGAGUACUUCAUUAAACAAGACAAUUUUGACAUACAUUAAAAAAAGUGGGAAAAAUUGUUUCAGGUGAUAGACAAAAUUAUCCUCUAUUCCCUUUUGAAACUGACAGAGAAGAAGAUAUGGAAUCAAAACUCACUUGAUGCUGCAUUCUCCGCAGCUCUUCAAUUUGGACCAUGGGAGUUGUUUGGCUUAAGCCUUUGAACUCUAAGAGUGACCAGCAUCUAGUUUCUCCUAACAAUUAUACCACUGAAUCAUUCAUUUGAGGCAGGGCGUGAAAUUGCACCUAAUACAGGCACCAAUGCGACUAAAUUUUUCACUUUGGCGACCAAAUCCUGGAAAUUAGUUGCCAGAUUGGGGACUAGAAUGUUUCAUCAUAACCUUACCAAGAGAUAUAGUGAAUUAAAAAGAUUUGCAAAGAUAAAUCCGCGGCGAACUUCCUCGUUAAGUUUGUUUCCAAAAUGCAACACAUGCAUCUCGAUCGAUAACUAGAUGCCAUCUUGGAUUUAGGUGAGCUUUAAGGUUGUAUAUCGUCCAUCCUAGUGUCCACUUUGUAGCACGUUAAAGAUCUUUUCCCAAAUUUAAUUUUGGAGGGUCUAUCUAGAACGCCGACAGCUUAAAAAAAGGUUUUGUUUGUCUUUGAAAAUGGCGACCAACUUUUUUCCACUUGGCUACCACUUUGAAGAAUUUAGGAGCCAAGUGGCUAUCAGAAAAAAAAAUUAAUUUCACGCCCUGUGAGGUCAUGAGAAAAACAGGAAUGAUCACCAACUAAAGAAGCCCUUGAUUGUUAAACAAAUUCUCCAUGUUAGCACCUUAGGAAAUGUAUAGAGAACAGUAUGGAGAAUCUGCAUACUGAUGUUAGGGUGUAAAGGGUUGAGAAUGAACUGAGGCUAAUGAGUUGGCUCACUUUGCAGUUGCUUAAAUGACCCUGUUUCCUGCAAUGUAAGCCCUCUUGAUUAAUGUCCGGUAACAGGCCUGGUUUGGUUUAUGUGAGGAUUUUCAAUCUAUUUUCUUGUGAUAAACAUGAUCUUGGUUUCUGAGCUAAGAUUUCAGCUCAUUUAUAUUCAUAUAAAAUUAAUUCAGCUUAGUAACAGAUACACAAUGUAUAACUGAACAACAGUGUUCUUAAAAGAUUGUUUUUAGUGCUGUUUCUGUGGUGCUAACAACUAUGUUAUCCUCUCCUGUGGCGGUGAAAUGAGAUUUUGGAAGCAGAGCUAAUCCAGUUCAGCAGGCCUGUAUCAAGCCAUUACUCUAUGAUGGGUUUUGAUUCAGAAUUAUAUCUAACUAUACAUAUUAUUCAUAGAAAAAAUAGGAGAUGUUCAAAAUGAACCAGAUGAAAAGGCUAAAGAAGAGGAAAUGAAAGAAGAACCAGAAAAGGUAAAAUUUGGAUUAAAUGUGAUGUUGAGAGUAUUUUGAGUGAUCAUUCAGAAGCUAAUGCUGAGGUUUGAUAAAGAGAUUUCUUGGAAAAUUCUAAGUGUCACUCUGAGGUUCUGUAAUAAGCAAGCCUGUAGAGUUGUUCACUCAUAAUUCCCUCUAGGAUUUGACUUUUUCCCAACUCAGUAUAGACUGUAAUAGCACGAAAUACUUUGGUGUAGGCGUAGUAUUCAUGUGCCAUCAUGAAACUUCACAAAUGCUGUACAUGUAAUGAAUUGUAUUUUGACCAGUGAGUUAGAUAACCAUUAAGGUAUUGAUAUUCACAGGUUAGCUACAAUUAAGAUUGCUGGAAGAAUUUAGACAUUGAUACGGGCCAUUUUUUUCAGACUUCUUUUCCAACAGUGAACCUGUAAAGAUAAAUUGACUUAAUAUACUGUAUUACUAUCCCUGUGAUCUAUUGACAAAACUGUUUUAGAGAUUGCAAAGGGCUAUAGAAAUUUUGCUAUGAUUGUGGGGAGUGAGAAUGUAAUUCAUUGAAGAUGCUCCAUCCUAGACUACAAGUGUUCCCUUCUUUUCAGGGAAGUCUGCUGUGUAAGUCCAAAAAACUCAAUUUAAAAAAAAUUGAUGUUAGCGUGCAGCGGGGAGUAGCACAGGAGCUUUGCUAAAAAAGUAGGGAUUAGGGACCAAGCCCAAGAGUUUGAGUUUUGUGUUGCAUUGCUGGAAAUUUGUGAACAAGUGGUCAUGCAUGUAAACGCUUGUCAACCCUUCAGAUCAUUAAUGGGUGAUUUCCUACAGGAAUGUUUAUUGCAGUUUCCAACAAUUAGUUUGCUAAAACAAGAGGAUACUUGUGCAAUGGAGUUUGCUAAAAAGGAGGGAGUGCUUGCUGUCAUCCUCCAUCUUUCAACUCUCCUCCCCCACCAUGUUCUUUAUCUUUCGCAUCACUUACAGUUUUAAAUUUCAUGUGGUAUUUCAGGGUUUAAAUGGAGAAGAAAAAGCAGCUGACAGUUCAGAAGGUUUAGCUGACAAGGUAGCAAAACACUACAAUGAACUUCCAUCAGCAGGAAAAGAAAUUCGUAAAGAAAGUCCUAUAUAUUACCUAAGGAACUUUAACAACUGGGUGAAGAGUAUAAUCAUCAAUGAAUGCUUGGAAAAAAUCAAGAGGUAAAUGUGCCAUUGCAAUCUUAAUUGUUGAAUUGUUGUGGGUGAAAUGGUUGUAAAGAUGUCAGCUGGACAAAGUGUUUGUAAAGAGGUCCUUGUUUUACACUGUAGACUUGGUGAUUGUGUUGACUUCUAAGGUGAGCCACUUAACCCUUUAACUCCCAUGAGUGACCAGGACAGAAUUUAUCCUUACAAUAUCAAUGCAAUAUCAAGUAGCAAAGUGAGAAUAGGGAAAAAUAUCAAUCAUUUGUUGAUCCAAUACCAAAUUAUCUGAAGAAACAUCAUAAGAAUUGUGUGGCAGACAGUAAGGAGAAUUACAAAUGAGAUCUUAGGAGUGAAAGGGUUAACUUUCACAGAGACUCACUACACAAUGUAGGAAUAGAACAAGCACUGGAAACAGGAAAAAAUGAAUUGGGAAUAGGAUGUAGUGCACUGCUUGAUGCUGCUGAAUUUGGGAUGGUCUGCAGUUGUUCAUUCACAGUUUACUUUUAAUUCUUAAGACAGGAGUGCUAGAGGCAGAAAUGAACAGCAAAUAUGUGGAGGGACUGGAUGGAACUUAAUUAUUUUAUUGAACUUGCUACUGUUGUUAAUGUUCUGACAGAGUCAAUUCAAAGGAAGUGGCUGUGCUGGACCUUUGUUGUGGAAAAGGUGGAGAUCUUCUUAAAUGGCAGAGGGGAAGAAUAAAGACACUUGUCUGUGCAGGUCUGUUUUAGUAGAAUUCUCCAGGUUUGAUAAGUGUUAAAAAAAAACGUAAUUGAAAUAAUUUGGAAGUUGUUGAUUGUACAUACAUGGAGAGAUUCUUUAUUUACUAACCAUAUGUCAAUGUGGAAUUCAGGUAGUUGGUUUAUUUUAGAGGGUGGAAAAGGAGGAGGGGAUAAUUAGAGAAAGGGCAAAAAGAGAUUCUGUGAUUCAAAUGGAGGUCACUAGUGGGAAGCAAGUGUAGCCAAGUUUGUUCUAUCUCUGCACUAGUGAAGUAAUUAUCCCUUUGACCUGUGAGAGUGACCAGCACCUAAUUUCUCCUUUCAGUAUCACCCCCAAAUCGUAGAAUAUGUGUAAAGAACAGUAUGGGGAAUAUGCAAACUAAUAUUAGAGGCUCGAGGGUUAAUUGAUCAACUGAAAUGUAUUUUCCUAGAUAUUGCUCAAGUCUCUGUGGAACAGUGUGAGGAGCGAUACAAAGAACUAAAAAAGACGCAUGAGACUCGACGUUAUAGGGAUCCUCUCUUUACACCUGAAUUUAUCACCGCUGAUUGUAGUAAGGUAAUGAAGAUGAACUGAAUUUUUUCCUUUAUGUAACAAUGGUUAGAUCAGGGAGCUUUUCUCGCACUUUCUGUGGCUUUACGGUUACAGUAGCUUACUGACUUCCAGAGGUUCUGAUUUUAGCUCUAGCUUGGUCAUUGAGCCCAGUGUUCUCCCUUAUUUUAAGCACAACUGAUAAAGAAAUUUUCAAAUUGUAGAGCAAUCCUUUUACCUGUUUGAUUUUCAAGAAUCAAGUCUUCAAGUGAUUUUAGGCAGUAAUAAUAGGUUCUACAAGCGGUGAAUUUUAGCAAUUACCAACUGGAAAGGAGAACACUGUGUUCUGUGUUCCUUGGGUGAGACAUGUUACUCUCCUAGGUCCCACUCCAUACUGUAGUAUAAAUGAGUAUCGGUGGACUGUCUAGGAAACCUAUUGAAACAAUGUUUGCAAUUUUUUUUUCUGGGGGGGGGGGGGAGGGGGUGUGGUACAGAAACCUGACAGGAACCUUAAUAAGCUGGAUAAAACAUGGCUUGGUUUGUGUUCUGACUUAACCUUACAGAAACAAAACUUCUCACUAACUUGAAGUGACCCUCUUUUACUUUGUACAUCAUAAGAGUAAAGGAAUCAAGUGUCCUAUCUCCUGUUCUAACCUUUAAAUUCCAGUUAAGUUUUUUUCAUCAUUUUCCCUCUUGUUAAUUUUUCCAAUGUUACCCCUGUUAUCACAAUUUUCUGGUUCUGCCACAUAUAUGUUUUUAGUAAUCUGUGCUCUUUUUUGUAGGAACGACUUCAAGAUCUUUACCAAGACAAGAAUAUCGAGUUUGACUUGACAAGCUGCCAAUUUUCAUUUCAUUAUUCAUUUGAGACUUAUGAGCAAGCAGACAUGAUGCUAAAGAAUGCUUGUGAGAAACUUAAAGUCGGAGGUUUUUUCAUAGGGACAACACCCAAUGGAUAUGAGUUGGUGUAGGUGUCUGAUGAUAACAAUCAUCUUUUAUAAGUAGUAUUUUUCUUUAAAUGAUUAGCUGAUUAUACACAAAUUUUGAUUGGUUCCCAGAAACAGGACAGAAACAUAAAUGACAUCACUAUCUGCAACAUUUUGCUUUGUUAUCAUUUCAAAGAAAUAGAUUCCAUGUUACCAUGGAUUCCAUGUUACCAUGGAUUCGUACACUGGUAGAUCAAAGGAGAUUUCAGAGGGUGAUAAAAACAUUAGUGAUAGUCUUGGCUUUACCUUGUGUGCCCCUUUUUUGUUCUUACUGUAUUUUGAUUUCAUCUGCGAUCUAUAACUAAAAAUGUGCAUGGCAAAAUGGAAACUAAUGGAUGUGUGAUCUGAAGGUGAAUAGGAGUCAGAAUAUAGGUGGCCCACCCCAGAUGAUGCCUAAACUGCACUCAAUGGUAUUACUUUCUUUUUUUGUUUCAGUCGUCGAUUAGAGAAAUCAGAAGGUCUUUCCUUUGGAAAUGAUGUUUAUAGAGUUACUUUUGAGAAGAAAGGUGACUAUCCUCUAUAUGGCUGCAAGUAUGAUUUCCAUCUUGAAGGAGUGGUUGAUUGCCCUGAGUUCUUGGUAUACUUCCCUCUGCUUGAAAAGUAUGUAAACAUUUGUAGAUACUAAUUUUGACAUUAUCAACAAGUUUAAAAAUCCAUAAAAUCCAUCUUAAGGAUAAAACUUGAAACAUGUGAUGACAAGAAAGUCUAAAGCUUGAUUAACUGCCCAAGUUUUUAGAGGACAAACACUUAUGCAACAUGUUCUACAUGUUUUGUAGAUCUCUGUCCCCUUUAGAUCCUUUUCAGUCUUUUUAGAUGGUAACUGGUAAUUUUAAGAUGUAAGUGGUAUGCAAUGAUUUGAAUACAGGUUGCUUGUAGUGGCUGUUUUAGUUUUGUGAACCCUUUGCACUGUAGCAUCAAUAUGCAUAUUCUCCAUACUGUUCUCUAUACAUUUCCAACGGUGCUGUCAAGAAGAAUUUGUUUAGCAAUCAAAAGAUUUUUCAGUUGGUGAUCAUUAUUUUCUUUUAUUAUUGUGAUGUUAAUUUUUGAUUCAAGGGUGAUAUUGUAAGAAACAAUUGUAAACUAGUUACCCCUAGGGAUCAAAGGGUUAAUUGUUUUUGCUGCUGCAUCUCUUGUUCCAGAAUGGCAGAAAAGUAUAAUAUGAAGCUAAUGUACACAAAGACAUUCCAUGAUUUUUUCCGGGAGAAAACCAAGGAAUCCACCUCUCUCCUUUACAAAAUGAAAGCGCUUGAGGUAUGUGUGUAUUUGGCUGUAUUAGAAGGGUUUUUUGUGGCAGGAUAUUCGUGUAUGAUGUAAAGAGACAUUUUCAGCCAAAGAUGAACAUUAACAUGAACAUUAGUUUUAAACACUGAACAAUUUAGUUGACUUAAAAGUGUUUGCUGAUACCAUGAGGAUUAUGAGUACCAAUCUGAAAGCUAAAUUUUCAUUCUAGAGUUCUGCAGCUUUCCAAACAGCCUAGAUGUAGGGAAAGGCUGUAAACUGCCAUAUGCUGCUUAGAAUGUUAAGAGGAAUCAAUCUCCCUUUUCCUUCAACAAAAUUAUUCUUGUUUUCUUGUUUUCUUGUCACCAUACUCCCACCAAUAGGUUAGCUCCAUUUUCUGCAUAUAAGCACACACAUCAACACAGUCGAUAAUACCAAAUUAUCCUGUUCUACUCUUCAACUGAUGCUUAACUUAACUCAACCCAUUCAUGCAUAAAUAUAAAUAUUAUUUUGCUGUUUGCUUCUUUGAUUAAGACAUACCCACCACGCUUAGAAAAUGAGAGCUUGGUUUCAAGUGCUGAGGAUGCAUACACACAUGCGAAAGACUUUUUAGAAGGAAUUCAGCUGAAUCAAGAUAAAUCUUCCUCAACCAGCAAGUACAGAGACCACAGGGAAAAGAACUUAAAACACGUGGUAAGUUGAAGAAUAACUUUCUUGUUUUUCUUGUUGUUGUUGUUAUUUUUAUUAUUAUUCUUAAUACUAUUAUUACUAUUGUAGUAAACUAGUAUCAUGAAAUAUUAUGUUGCUGCCCCUUUUUGUUUUGUUUUGGAAACAAGCUUUCCUUUUUUUAUCACCUGAUGACGAAUGUGGGCUAUAUUUUGUAUAAAACUGGUCAAAACACAAUUUCAGUUAUUGAUGUUUGUUAAGAAAUGUUAUUCACUCUCUAAGGUGCUUUUGGAGAUUGCAUUUAUUAUGAUUUGAUUUUAAAAUUUUAAUGACAUUUCUCUUUUUAUAAUUACAAUCUAAAAUAGAAGCAAGGGUAAAAGUUAACUUCAUGCAAUAUAUUAUACAGUCUGUGAAAGGUUUGCAUGUCUCUGUAUUAUUAUACACAUGUAUGCAUGUCUCUGGAAUGUCUCUAGGAAUGCCAAAUGAUUCAUGCCCUCAUCUGCUUUUCUAGAAUGUUGGCAAUGUUAGAAACUUUGACUGCUUUAGUUCUUUGGAGUAAAAGGCUGAAAUAGGGUUUUUUUUUUUCAAUUUUCAUUGUCAGUUUUAAAUAUUUAUGUUGUCAUAAUUUGUAUCAUUAACAGGGAACCAUGUCAAAGUUUGAAUGGGAAGCUGUUGGUAAGUUUUAAACUCCGGAGAGUAUGUUUUUCAUGAAAUAAUAAUAAUAAUACUAUCUAAGCUUGUUGCCAGUGUGGUAUUCUCUUAGCUGUUUGCUGUUGUUUGCUUUAGGAAUGUACUUGGCAUUUGUAUUUGUGAAAAUUGAUCCAGAAGCAGAGCAAAAGAAGGCAGAAGAAGCAGAGAGAAGGGCAAAGGAAAGAGCAGAGCGUGAAAUGGAGAGAGAAGAGAGAGCCAAAGCUGAACAGGAAAGAGCUGAAAAAGCUAAAGCUGAGGAAGAUAAGGAAGAACAGGCUGAAGAAAAACCAGAGGAAAAAGCAGAGGAAAUGGAAGCAGAGCCCAAAGUUGAGUCAAGGAAGAGGAAACAUGAGGAAGAGCCAGCAGAAGGUGAUGGUGAUGAUGGUGAUGAUGGUGAACCUGUGGCAAAGAAACAAGGAACUGUUGAGGAAACAUCUGGUUAAAUAUGUUGACUCUAAAAUUAUGCAGUGAUUUAAAAAGACUCUCAUUUUGAAGAACUUUAACAAGGGGUGAGGCAAAGAAUGGAACAUUUUCCUUUCCCCCAGAACUAGGACUUUUUUUCCAAUUGUAAAAAAAAAAAAGAGAUACAUUCCUUGGCAUAGAAAAUUAGAUUGCAUUUUUAGCUUGAUAGGUUCAUCCAAAAUAGCUUUGUCUCUUUCUGUGUGCAAAGUAAUACUUAGGUAACAUUUCCACUCCCAAAAUCUAAAAGUUAAUUUUCCUAACUGAGCGGUAUAGUACUGAUGCGGACUGGUUGUGAUCUGAUUUUCUUCUUGAAUUAAUAUCUUUUUCUGUACAAACACAACAUGGACUAGAUGAAUAGGUGCAAGGUGAAAAAAGUAGGUCACAUCCUUAUUCUCUUCUGGAACCCUCAUCUGGUGUGGUUAUUAUCCACAGACCACAAUGUAUCAUUGAUAUUUGAGAAUGAAACAGACUAUGUGCAGUCCAAUUUGUAUGCACCUUUUAAAAGUUUAUUUUAGAACUUUAAAAGUUAUAUGAUACACAGUUGAUUACACUCUUGUUACCCAACUGUGCCUUUAUUUAAUGUGUAUGCUUGUGAAUAGCUCUCUUGUUCGUUACCUCAUGUUAUCAUUGAGAAAUGUUGUGUAACAGGCUACAAAAAAUAAGGUUAUUAGAGCAAUUUACAAUCAAUUGUCAACAGUAAUGCAUGAUUAAUGCACAAUUUGAAAGUUUCAGUCAGAAGUGGUUGGAAGUGGGAGUCAGCCAUCCAUGUUUAAAUAUCAGGGAAUUUCCUUGUUCUUCUUCUUUGGAAGUCUUGAUAGGCAGUUGAUGGAAGUGAGACUCUAUGUUUUAAACUUCAGAUGAGUAUGAAGAAGAAACUGGUAUUCUUU